UAAAACUAAUAUGGCUGACUGCAGAUGCAUAAGCUGACCCAAAGAUAUUUCUAUAUUUAUCUGAGCUUUUUGAGACAACCUGGACAUGGAGUUAUAUGGAGAAUCUGGCAUCACAGCGUUAGCUAAUUUACUGACUCCAAACACUGCAGACUCGGACAGUGAUGAAGAUACCAAGCCUGGUGGGAUAACAAAACUCGGCCCUGGGGACAUAGGACCAAAACAAAGUACUCAGCCAGCAGAGUCACAGCUGAAGACAGUGAAGAAAGAAGGCAAAGAUAUUUGGGAAGAAGAAGAGGUACAGGAGGGGGCAGAAUAUGAUGAUAUCCAUGACACACGGCCCCAGCCACAGUAUGAAAUCAUAUACAAGCAAGCAGUAACAUCAGAGGACAUGUUUCUUGGAAUGGGAAAUAAAACUCCUGCAACAUCCAGUUGUGAAGACAUGGUGGUGAAAGUGAUGCUUCCAGACACGAAAUACCCAGAUGUCAAUCUCAAUGUUACCAACAAAUACCUGGACUGUCGCACACCUAGACUGCGUCUUGGUCUCCACCUUCCUCACCCAGUGGACGCCAAGAAUGGCAAGGCUCAGUGGGACGGAGACAAGGGUGUACUGACCAUCACCCUGAGGAUGACCAGGGAUUAUGAUGAUUUUAAUUUCUGAGGAGUGUGUUAGAAACAUACCUGUUGGAACUCCUUGAUGUGGGUAAGACUGAGAAUUUAUACAAAAGGGGGGAAGCAUUGCAGUUACUAAUACUAGCAAUCAGUGCUGCUACCUCCAAUAGGGAAAUAGGUGAUUGAUACGCACUUCAAACCAAAGAGGUUUACAGGAGAGAGGGAAUAUUGUUGCUUAAACAAAUGACCUUUUGUGAUUGUAUAAAGACAAUUAACAUUACAAGCUAUUAGGAAAGUUAAUUGAUACUGCUGUUACUGACAUGUGGAGAUCUCUACAACUGGGGAAUGUUUGUCAACAAACAGUUUGUAUGUUUAAGCAAAACGGAGAGGAAAUAUUAUAUCAUAUUUAGCAGAUCAACGUGGACCAAUGAUUUUGUUCAGGAUUUGAAAGUGAUUAAGGUUUAACAGCAAAAUGCUUUGUCAAUUUGCCAUAAAUUAUUUAAAGUGCAGUGCCUUUAUGGUAAAAAAACUUAAGUCGAAGGUCACAUGGUCCCCAUGUUAAAAUCAUUCUUUUAUAUAAUGUUUCUGUAUAUUAAGCCGUCCAAAGAAUAACAUCAUUCCAAGUAUCAAUAAAAUGUUUAUUUAUAAUGAA